AUGUCCCUCCAUGAUCAAUACCCGGCCUACGGUGGCCGGGGGCCUAGCGACCUGCGUCUGGGAAUCGCCUUAGGAACCAUUGCUACCAUCUUCAUGAUCAUGCGCGUCUAUGUGCGCGUGAGAGUGAACAAGUUUGGAACAACAGCUCUGAUGUUGUCACUUCUUGCUUGGUUCUUCACGGCACUUACCCAGAUUUUCGGAAUUCUCUCGAUUCUUCAUGGUCUUGGAAAUCACAUCACAGUCAUUACCGCAGUCGGCGAACUGCAUAACUUCCUUCUUUUUACUUGGAUUACUGUUUUCUUCUUCAACCUGGCUAUCCCUACUGGCAAAGUGGCUGUAGCUGCAUUCCUGAUUGAAAUGAAUGGGCCUAGCAACCCCAAGAUUCGUCGCAGCCUCAUCGCCGUUGCCGUUCUAAAUAUCGUCCUCAACAUCCCACAAGUCCUGAUGGUCUGGUUCCAGUGCACACCUGUAAACUCCCUAUGGAACCCCCUUCAGCAAGCCGAUUGCGAUCAUAGAAAGAGUGUAUACUAUACAUACGUCGUCGGUGCUGUUGCGGCUCUUUCCGACUUCUACCUCGCCAUCGUGCCUAUUCACAUGCUUAUCCCAUUGCGAAUCGAUCGCAAGCUGAAAUGGGGUCUUAGCUUCCUCAUGGGACUUGGUGUCUUCGCCGGCGUUGCUGCCAUUGUGCGAACAUGGGCCGCCAAGUUCAUCCUUGACGUGGACUCUUCAUAUGGUGUUGGAGUCCUAUUUCAAUGGGGCGAGGUUGAAGAAUGGAUCGUGCUCAUCUGCAUGUCCAUUCCACCUGUUUGGCCUCUCUUCCGUCCUUUCACUCAUCGCUUUAUCAGCUCCUCCGCAUCACGAAGCCAGCCCCAGUAUGCAUACAGGAAUCAAUACGGCUCUCAGCCAUUAUACGGAUCGACGGCUGUGGCUAGUCCGCUUUCUCCAUCCUUCCCACCCCCUCUCAUCACUACAACCAUCUCUAUCUCCUCAAUGAAGGAGGCUGGAGCAUCUACAAUUGUGCCAUCAGAGGCAAGUCCCCGAACCUCAAACGAGAGGGUGCCUCACAAUAUCAUCACCGAUCAAAAAAAUACGCCAUGGGUUGAAUUGAAGGAAAUGGACGGCAAGCGGUCGCCAUAG